AUGCAAACGUACUACAUCUUCGUUACCGGAGGAGUUAUUUCCGGUAUAGGAAAGGGUCUCUUUGCUGCCUCAUUGGGGAUGCUCAUCAAGAGUUAUGGAUAUGACGUUGUGAUGCAAAAGUGCGAUCCAUACAUAAACGUUGAUCCCGGACUAAUGUCCCCAUAUCAGCAUGGUGAGGUCUUUGUUACCGACGAUGGCGCAGAGACAGACUUGGACUUAGGCCACUACGAACGUUUUUUGGAUACAAAUCUCACCAGACUGUCUAGCGUCACUACCGGGUCUAUCUAUUCUACUGUGAUCCAGAGGGAACGUGAGGGUGGCUACAAUGGCAUGACAGUGCAGGUAGUUCCUCAGAUAGUUGACGAAAUCAAAGCGCGGAUGCGGUGCUUUGAACUGAUAUCUACCGUACCGGGAGAAAAUUCAGAGCCUCAACGUAAGCAUUCUGCUCCACUGGCCUCCACUCAAAAGCGGUUUGUGAUAAUAGAGAUAGGGGGAACUGUCGGUGAUAUGGAAUCAACGGCAUUUCUUGAGGCUAUGCGCCAGCUUAUUGAUGAUGUGGGAAGAUGCAAUGCUUGUAGCUUCCAUGUUAGCUACAUCCCGGUACUGUCAAAUGGAAAAGAACUUAAGACUAAGCCCACACAGCACUCAGUUCGGACUCUUCUGUCUGUUGGCAUAAAACCAGACUUUCUUGUGUGCCGUACAGACACCCAUUUGCCAAAGGAGACUAUAGCUAAGUUAGCGCAUUCCUGUGGUCUUUCGAAGGACCAUGUUAUUGAAAAUUUUACCGUACAAUCAAUCUAUCAGCUCCCAUUACUUAUUAAGCACGUUCCUGCACUUGUUUUUAAUCUCUUUAACGUAAUACCCAUUAGGGCUACAGCAGAGAAAGAAGCUGAAGCAAGUCUUGAUAAGUGGAGCGAGAUAGUUGAAAGAUUUAUUCACCCGGCCACUUUAUCAACAGGUGAUGCUCUGGCAUGCAAGGAAUAUGAUAAGAAAUCACAUAUCCGCAUAGGCUUGGUAGGUAAGUACGUAGAGCUUCGUGACGCGUACAUUUCGGUAUAUGAAGCGAUACAUCAUGCAGCUGCUCACAGUAACUGCUAUGUGGAUAUCCUUUCAAUAGUGAGCGACACCUGUGAAGGAGCGGACAGAGCCUCCUCUUCUACGCCCGCACCAAAAGCACAAUCCGCUGAGCCUGCUAAGUUUGAGGAGAAACUACACACCGAGACCAGUAAUUUUGUUCCAGCGACGGUCACUUUGGAAAACGUAGAUGCCAUCAUUAUUCCUGGUGGAUUUGGGAGCAGGGGAGUUAGCGGGAAGCUUGAAGCCAUCAAAUACUGUCGACAAAAUAAUAAGCCCAUUCUUGGAAUAUGUCUUGGAAUGCAAUGCAUGGCUAUAGAAUUUGCUAACAAUGUGCUGAAUCUCAAAGACGCCACCUCUACCGAAUUUGAUCCCGAAACCACCAAUCCCGUCAUAGCCACAAUCAUAUCAGAAGAUGUCAAGGCUGCAAACCCCUUGGCGGCAACACUUAUUCGGGGGUCGGGAGGAAGCAUGCGCUUAGGGGCAUGCAAUUGUACCUUGCUAAACGGAACUCUAGCGCAGAAGUGUUAUCAGUGUAAGAACAUUCGUGAACGGCACAGGCAUAGGUAUGAGUUUAAUGGCAGGUACAAGACUCUAUUCGAAGAAGCAGGGGUAGUGUUCAGCGGACUUUCUACGGAGAGCUCGUUAGUGGAGAUCAUGGAAAUCCCUUCUUUGGACUUCUUUUUGGGGGUGCAAUUUCAUCCAGAGCUAUUAUCUAGGCCGCUAAAGCCUCAUCCCUUGUUUGUAGGUCUUAUUGGCGCUGCUUUAGCCAAAAAGAGGGGAAUGUGA